CGCGUCCGACUGCUUGAGGUGGUUGGGGAGAUUUAAAGGGACAGUGUCCCAUCAAACUUAAUAGGAAGCUUCCCAGAGGGAGAGAGAGUCCGAGAGCUCCGGCGCGUCGUAGAAACAAUUAACUUUACUAGGGAGGUGGCCUCUACUGCAAUCUACUGCCAAAAGUCAGUCUGAAGCAAGGGCAACCAUCCUGGCCUGAGGGGCAGGAACCUGGAUUCCAGUCUUCUGUGGCCUCAGGCAAGUCACGGUUCCUCUGGGAGCCAUCCCCUGUAACCUAGGGUUGGGUUAGUAGGUUGUACACUUCUUUACUGGGAGGGCGCUAAGGAACAGCCUCAAAGAAUUUCGUGAAGCACUGGGAAAUAAGUUUCCCUAAAAGGAGGCAGGCUAAUAGGAAAAUGCCCAUGGAAUGAACUGAGAGAUCAGCUUCUCCCCAUGACAGGCCAGGGGCAGUGUUGUGUUCAUCACAUGUUUAUUAAAGUGAUAGACACCAUGAAUUGAGCCUGUGUGAUGUCCUGGGCCAUAGGCUUGUCACUUUAUAGGCAUUACUUCAUCUGCUCCUCACCACACCUUUGGAGGGAGGUACUACUAACAUCCCCAUUUUACAGGACAGGAAAACUGAGGCUGUGUGUCCAAGAGCUUGUUGUGAACGAACAAGCAUCACUUCUCCCAAAGGCAUUAGUAUUCUGGAGUCUAGGAAAAGUUGUCCUGAUGUCCAGACUAAGACACAGUCAUUCCCCUGCUGUGAAAACAGGGUGCAUUAUGUAUAAAAGUUGGGAACACAGAGCCAUUCCCAAUAUCCAGGCCCCAAUCUGGGGUAGCUGCUUCUUGGAUCAGCUUCCCUCCAGUGAGGCUGUACUCAUAUCUGUGACAUACCACUGUGUCUGCAUCACAGUAGAGGAAUAAAUAGGACUCAGGGGAGCACAAAAGUCUUCUCACUGCGUCCCUCAGUGCACCAUGAGAUCCACCAAAGACCAAUUCCAAAGACAUAGUCACUCCACAACCUGGCCCGGGGCCUUGGAGCAGGAGCUGAAUGGAAGAAUAAAAAUACAGAGGAAAGAAGACGGUAUACUCUUGGGAGGGAAGGUGGUGUGGGGGUCCCACAGGGGUAUUUCUGGUAUGAAGGCUCAGGCUAUGGUUCCAUUCCAAAGAGAGAAAAGGGGGAGGGUCAGGCUUUGUGGGGCUCCUUGGGGGCCUCUCCUUAUUAUAUUAGGUAGAAACUCAUCAGGCAAACCAGGUACUGUAGGCCUCAAGGGUCCUGAGGGGGCAGGGGCUGUCCCUUUCCCAGAGACAGCCCUCCCAGAAGCUCCUCUGGGAAUUCCUUCAGUGGCAUCUGGAUAGGUGUGGAAGGGAUCAUGGAAGAUAGCCUGGGGGCUGUGGUUUUUUACUUGGUCCAUGGUGGAGGGCCUGGGUUUUGCAUUUUGUCUAAAUUGUGGCAAAAUACAAAUAACAAAUUUUACCAUCUUAUGCAUUUCUUUUUUUUUUUAAAGAGUUUAUUUAUUCAUGAGGGACACACACAGAGAGAGAGAGAGAGAGAGAGAGAGAGAGAGAGAGGCAGAGACACAGGCAGAGGGAGAAGCAGGCUCCAUGCAGGCAGCCUGAUGCGGGACUCGAUCCAAGGACUCCAGGAUCACGCCCUGGGUUGAAGGCAGGCGCUAAACCACUGAGCCACCCGGGCCUCCCUUUUUUUUUUUUUUUAAAGAGCAUUUCUUUUUUUUUUUUUUAAGAUUUUAUUUAUUUAUUCGUGAGAGACACAGAGAGAGAGAGAGAGAGAGGCAGAGACACAGGCAGAGGGAGAAGCAGGCUCCUGCAUGGAAUAUGGAAGCCUGACGUGGGACUUGAUCCCAGGUCUCCAGGAUUAUACCCUGGGCUGAAGGCGGUGCUAAACCGCUGAGCCACCCAGGCUGCCCAUCUUAAGCAUUUCUAAGUGUACAGUUCAGUAGUGUUAAGGAUAUUCACAUUGUUGGGCAACCAAUUUCGAGAAUUUUUUCUUUCAUCUUGCAAAACCAAAACUCUGUAAUCAUCAAACAACAAUGCCAGAAUGGGUGAACUGUAUAGUAAGUGAAUGACAUCUCAAUAAUGAUGAUUUUAAAAAAGAAUUUUUACCCUGUACCCCCCAGGUGACAUUGUAUCUAUUUUGAGACCCAGUUCCAAUAACACUUAUAGGAAGUUUUAUGUCUUCCACCAUUCAGGCCCCCAAAUCCUCAAACAGAACACACCCUUUCUGUAAAACAGGAACUCGCCACAGUCAUUCUGGCCUGGAGACCCUCAGACUCAGAGUUAAGGGCACUAGCCCCUAGGGAGUGUAGGGUAGAGGUGGGAGCUGGUGUCCUCCUAACUUAGGCUGGAGGGCCUAUGGCCCCAGCUUUGGGACUGUGGGCAAAGCACUUCUCUUCUCUGGGCCUGGGGGUCCUCACCUUGGGUGUAGAAGGCUCUGUGGGCCUGCUUUACCCCAGCUUUUUCUGCAGGGAUGCAGGAUGGGCUUCACUUUCUGAGCCUGGGAUGUAGGCAAGGAGAAAAUUAUGGGUUUUCCUUUGACAGAUGAGGACAUCAAGGGUCAGGUGGACAAGGCAUGUUGAAGAUUUCUGAGCAGGGAGGCUGCUGGCCAGCUCUUUAAUCGUAUAGCCCUGUACACCAGCCUGGCUAAACUAUGGUCUUUGCUUUCUGUUGCUACAGCAGGUGGGCAUCACUGAGGCACCCAGGUUCCCUCUGUAGCGGGGAAGAUAGCUGAGUGGUCACGAAGGUGUAAGGCAGAGUGAGAAGAUUCUGAAAAUGGCCCUAGACCCCUCCCUGACCUCAAUGUCGUGGGUGGAGAUUUCACAGUGUAGUGUGGGGGAUGGAGUUAAGAGAAAUAACCGUUGUUGAGGUCUAGGGUCCUAUAAAGGAGACCCACGACUUGAGGCCAGGAACUUUUUGUCCAGAAUGCCAAACUCCUGGAAUUCCACCUGUACCUUGGAUACCCUGCAGUAAGGUUUUGAACAAGAAACCCCACUAUCACAUCUGAGGGCCCAGAGGGGCUAAAGGAGGUCCAGAGAGGCCAGCUUGCCUGGGGUGGAAUGGCAGCACCACCAGGGAGCACCUCCUGCUCUGAUGCUUUGCCAUUCCAAGGCUGGCUCUUUAAACCCCAGACCAUGAUGUCACCAUAGACAGCGAAGGAUGGGAGGGGGACUGCAGGCCGGAGGGCGGACUGCAUUUCCCAGCAGUCUUGGGUGCACCACACCUCUCCCAGCAGACACUGGCUCACUGCAGACUAUUAACUAAUUCCGCGCCAGUGUCCAAAUGGGUUCUGAAGUGUCCACAGUUCUGGGGUAAGGGUGGGAUUCCCCUGCGGGUGGAAUGUCUGGGGCACAGAUGAAGCCGACCACAUCUUUGGCCUGGUAUAGGAUUGAGCUUCUUUCCUGCCAGGGUCCUGGCAUCACCCCCAUCUUCCUGGUGCAGAGUCCUGAGUCCUCUCUUCCAAGCCGUCUCCCUUCUAGAACGCGGGGGCCUAGCCCCAGUGGACCCCAUCCCACUCUGCUUAAGCUUUGACCCCAGGCCCCUGCAGGGGUUACCUCGUUGGUCUGACAGCCCCCUUUAAGCGGCGAAGGAACUACAUCUCCCAGCGGCCCCAGGAACUUCCUGACGCAGCGCCUCCGCCCCCCCAGCCCUCGGGGAGGUGCGGGCCGGGGGGGGGGGGGGCGGGGGGAGGUGACUUGAUGUCAUCCUGAGCUGCUGGGCGGCGGGUGCCGGUGCGCACAGAGCCGGAGCUCCCGCGGCGCCGCGCCGCGCUCGGUCUGGCCCCAAGACUUGAGAGGUCCGCACGCUGCCCGGGCAGCCUAGAGCGCCCCGGACACCCGCACCCCGACCUGGGACUGACCUGGGGGCAUGCUCCGGGGCCCGCGGAGCCGGAGAGAGAACCCAGGAGCGCCGCCACCCAGCGCCAGCGCCCGGAGCGGAACCGCUGCGAAAGAGCCCUGAACAGCCAGCCGCCCCUUCCCCACCCGCAGCCCCCGGUGGUUGGGGACGGAAGUCUGGGCUUCUGAGAAGUCCAGGGUGAGAACCCUAACUGGACUCUUCGGGACCCCCAGGAAGGACCUGAGACCUGAGCCAUCCUUCUCUCUACUCUGCCUGCCCCCCAGGCCUGGGCAGUUGCCAAAGGCCCUGGGGGGGGGGGCGGACUGUGGUUGUGUGCACUCCCCCUCCAGGAUGGGCCCAAGUUAGUCAGCUUCACCUCAUUUGGCAUCCUCCAGGCCCAGAGGGAACCCCUGGGGCUCUGAAGGCUUGACCCACCACCUGGCCACCAUGGAGACAAAACUGCCCCCUGCAAGCACCCCCACCAGCCCUUCUUCCCCAGGGCUAUCGCCUGUGCCCCCACCCGACAAGGUGGAUGGCUUCUCCCGCCGUUCCCUUCGCAGAGCCCGGCCCCGGCGCUCCCAUAGCUCCUCUCAGUUCCGUUAUCAGAGCAACCAGCAAGAGCUCACUCCACUGCCCCUGCUCAAAGAUGUGCCAGCCUCUGAGCUGCAUGAGCUGUUGAGCCGGAAGCUGGCCCAAUGUGGGGUGAUGUUUGACUUUUUGGACUGUGUGGCUGACCUGAAGGGGAAGGAGGUGAAGCGGGCAGCACUCAAUGAGCUGGUGGAGUGUGUGGGGAGCACCCGGGGAGUCCUCAUUGAGCCUGUCUACCCAGACAUCAUUCGCAUGAUCUCAGUGAAUAUCUUCCGGACCCUACCACCCAGUGAGAACCCUGAAUUUGAUCCUGAAGAGGAUGAACCCAACCUUGAGCCUUCCUGGCCACAUCUGCAGCUGGUAUAUGAGUUUUUCCUGCGUUUCUUGGAAAGUCCAGAUUUCCAACCCUCCGUGGCCAAGAGAUAUGUGGAUCAAAAGUUUGUCCUGAUGCUCCUGGAGCUAUUUGAUAGUGAGGACCCCCGGGAGCGUGAGUACCUCAAGACCAUCCUGCACCGGGUCUAUGGCAAGUUCCUGGGGCUCCGGGCCUACAUCCGCAAACAGUGCAGCCACAUCUUUCUCCGAUUCAUCUAUGAAUUUGAACACUUCAAUGGUGUGGCUGAACUGCUGGAGAUCUUAGGAAGCAUCAUCAAUGGCUUUGCACUGCCCCUGAAGACUGAGCACAAGCAGUUCCUGGUCCGGGUCCUGAUUCCCCUACACUCUGUCAAGUCACUGUCUGUUUUUCAUGCCCAGCUGGCAUACUGUGUGGUGCAGUUCCUGGAGAAGGAUGCCACCUUGACAGAGCAUGUGAUCCGAGGGCUGCUCAAAUACUGGCCAAAAACCUGUACCCAGAAAGAGGUGAUGUUUCUGGGGGAGAUGGAAGAGAUUCUUGAUGUCAUUGAGCCCUCCCAGUUUGUGAAGAUCCAGGAGCCCCUCUUUAAGCAGGUGGCCCGCUGUGUUUCCAGCCCCCAUUUCCAGGUUGCAGAGCGGGCUCUGUAUUUCUGGAACAAUGAGUAUAUCCUGAGCCUCAUCGAGGACAACUGCCACACUGUGCUGCCUGCUGUGUUUGGGACCCUCUACCAAGUCUCUAAGGAGCACUGGAAUCAAACCAUCGUGUCUCUGAUCUACAAUGUGCUCAAGACGUUCAUGGAGAUGAAUGGAAAGCUGUUUGAUGAGCUCACAGCCUCCUACAAGCUUGAAAAGCAGCAGGAGCAGCAGAAGGCCCGGGAGCGUCAGGAACUAUGGCAAGGCCUGGAGGAGCUACGGCUACGCCGGUUACAGGGGACCCAAGGGGCCAAAGAGGCACCCCUCCAACGGCUUACACCCCAGGUGGCCACCAGUGGGGGUCAGAGCUAGAGAUCCCCUAGAAGGGGAGGAGCUAAAUCCAGAGCUAUCAGCUCCUCCAUCCCCUCUCCUACCCAGGGGCCCAGAGAGACACACACCUACCCCUGGCCUUGCCAGAGUGGGCUUGGAGGGCACCCUGUUUGGCCCACUGUGGGCAGCUUUCACUGUGGGGAGAGGAGGAGAGGAGAUGGUGGUCCUGGCAACAGAACUCUCAGGCCUAUGUGGCAGGACUUGACCAGGGCAGGCUUGACCAGGAAGCUGCCACUGGGUACUGUACCUGCCCUGAAAAGCUGGACUCCAGACUGCAGGCAGGUUCCCACCAUGCUCCUGCCUAGAACAAGGGGACUCAGCCCUUUGCCUGCCCCGCCUCGUGCCAGCAUGAGGUCCUUCCUCACCCUACCAUGGGAUCCAUGGUCUAUUUAUUCUCCCCAGCUCACCCCCAACACAGACACUGUCCUGGGCCUGGGGCAUCCUCUUUCCCUCCUCUCCCUCACCCUGUACUUCCUUGUCCCCUUUUUAUUUAUUGGGCAGGGGGAGGGGUGAGGGCACAGGCAGAAGAGAUUCCCCGUGU